AUGAGAAUUACAAGUACAUCUUGUAUCUGCCCAGUCCUAGUUUGUCUCUGUUUUGUGCAGAGGUGUUAUGGAGCUGCUCACCAUGGCUCCAUCAAGGUGACCAGAAAUCAAACCAAACUUGUAGAAGGUGAAACAGAAGUGCAUCAUCGUCCCAAGCGUGGAUGGGUGUGGAAUCAGUUCUUUGUUUUAGAAGAACACAUGGGACCAGAUCCUCAGUAUGUAGGAAAGCUGCACUCCAAUUCCGACAAAGGUGAUGGAUCAGUCAAAUAUAUUCUUACUGGAGAAGGGGCAGGUACUAUAUUUAUUAUUGAUGACACAACUGGAGACAUCCAUUCAACCAAAAGCCUAGAUCGAGAGCAGAAGACACACUAUGUGCUUCAUGCCCAAGCUAUUGAUAGACGGACAAACAAGCCACUCGAACCUGAAUCUGAAUUUAUUAUCAAAGUACAGGAUAUCAACGACAAUGCACCAAAAUUUACAGAUGGACCAUACAUUGUUACUGUGCCAGAGAUGUCUGAAAUGGGUACAUCUGUUCUACAGGUGACAGCCACAGAUGCAGAUGACCCUACGUAUGGAAAUAGUGCCAGAGUGGUGUACAGUAUUCUUCAGGGACAGCCAUAUUUCUCUGUUGACCCUAAAACAGGAGUCAUCAGGACUGCCUUGCACAACAUGGACAGGGAAGCCAGAGAGCAUUAUUCUGUUGUCAUUCAAGCCAAAGACAUGGCUGGGCAGGUCGGAGGGCUGUCGGGAUCAACAACUGUAAAUAUCACACUUACUGAUGUCAACGACAAUCCACCCAGAUUUCCUCAGAAACAUUAUCAACUCUAUGUUCCUGAAUCAGCUCAAGUUGGAUCAGCCGUUGGUAAAAUCAAAGCAAAUGAUGCAGAUACUGGUUCAAAUGCAGAUAUGAAGUACACAAUUAUAAAUGGUGAUGGCUCUGGGGUGUUCUCCAUAUCCACUGACAAAGAAACAAGGGAAGGGAUUCUUUCCCUGAAGAAGCCUCUUAACUAUGAAAAAAAGAAGUCGUAUACACUUAACAUAGAAGGAGCUAAUACUCACCUUGAUUUCCGCUUUUCGCACUUGGGACCAUUCAAAGAUGUAACAAUGUUGAAGGUCAUUGUUGGCGACGUGGAUGAACCUCCACUCUUCACUAUGCCUUCCUAUGUCAUGGAAGUUUAUGAAAAUGCAAAGAUUGGGACAACUGUUGGUACAGUAACAGCACAAGAUCCCGACACUGCCAGCAGUUUAGUGAGAUAUUUCAUUGAUCAUAACACAGAAGAAGAUGCGUAUUUUACCAUUGAUGCUAGUACUGGGACCAUUAAGACUGCCAAGGUCUUUGACAGAGAGGAGACACCUUGGUACAACAUCACAGUGGCUGCUUCCGAGAUAGACGAUCCUGGGCUAGUGAGCCAUGUUCCAGUUGGUGUUAGAAUUCUGGAUGUCAAUGACAACCCUCCAGAGCUUGCCAGAGAGUAUGAUGUAGUCGUCUGUGAGAAUGCAAAGCCUGGUCAGGUAAUUCAGACUAUCACUGCAACUGACAAAGAUAAUGCUGCAAAUGGGGCAAGAUUCCAUUUUUCCCUUGAUGAAGAGCUUUCUUUGAAUCCCAACUUUACUCUAAGGGACAAUGAAGAUAAUACAGCCAGUAUCCUGACAAGACGAAGGAAAUACAGUCGAACCACUCAAGAUAUCUAUUACCUCCCAGUUUUGAUUUCUGAUGGUGGAGUGCCCCCUCUCAGCAGCAGCAGUACUCUCACAAUUAGGGUUUGUGGAUGUGAGAGAGAUGGAAGAGUGAGAACUUGCCAUGCUGAAGCUUUCCUCUCCUCAGCUGGCUUGAGCACAGGAGCUUUAAUUGCAAUCCUGCUCUGUGUUGUCAUUCUUCUUGCAAUUGUGGUCCUUUUCAUCACCCUAAGACGUAGCAAGAAGGAGCCCUUGAUCAUAUCAGAAGAAGAUGUCCGGGAAAAUGUUGUGACAUAUGAUGAUGAGGGUGGUGGAGAAGAAGACACAGAAGCAUUUGAUAUCACAGCACUGCGGAAUCCAUCAGCUGCUGAGGAGCUAAAAUACCGGAGGGAUGUUCAUCCUGAAGUGAAGCCUAUGCCCAGGCAUCAUCUCUCUUCAAGCCUUGACAGUAUAGAUGUUCAGGAGUUCAUAAAACAAAGACUGGUAGAGGCUGAUCUGGACCCAAGUGUGCCCCCAUACGACUCCCUACAGACAUAUGCCUAUGAGGGUCAUAGAUCAGAAGCUGGAUCUAUCAGCUCUCUGGAUUCAGCCACAACACACUCUGACCAGGAUUAUAAUUACCUUGGAGACUGGGGACCUGAGUUCAAGAAGCUAGCUGAACUCUAUGGAGAAAUAGAAUCAGAAAGAACAACUUAG